ACACACGGCUGUACACAGAUCCAUGCAUAAUCUCCCGGUCUGAAAACAUAAAAGGAAAAAAAUGACCAGAAAGGGAAUCUAGCUUCUCUUGAGCUAUUUAUUUAUUUACUUACUAUCAAGGCCUGCAAUAUUCUGCACAAGAAACUACUAAACUUUUUUCAACAAGAUGCCACAUGUACAGUAAUUCCUCUAGUUGUUGCUGCUGUACGAGAUAAUAUUCCAAGUACCUUGGUCAUACUGAGAUGCCACAGUGCAGGUUUGUUCAGUGGCGAAAGAGUAGAGGAUAGGAUAACGAAAGCAGAGUCUGCCCAGGGUCAUCCAACGAUCGUGCCAGAACGAAACGGCCAUGCCAAAGGUUUACUUCAAUCCAUUUAGCUAGAGAUAGUCCACGAUGUGCCAUAGUAUGCAAAGUUUGCACAUUUCUAACCGGUCCUUUAUAAACGGUUAGAGGAGUAAAAAUACGGUUUUACUCCUCUAAUCGGCACCUAGUCACCCUGAAUGAAGGGAGGGGGGAGCUUGGCGGCGACGCGGACGUAGGGGUUGUGAAUGGUCUGUGGUGGGCUGCUAGCUAGAUGCCAUGGGCGCCGAGGAGGGAGGGCGCCGCGGCGGGGAAGGGGAGCUUGAGCGGAGAAAGGAGUUGUGAAUGGUCUGUGCUGGGCUGCUAGCUACAUGCCAUGAGGGACGGGGCAACUACCGCGGCGAGUGGGUGGGUGGUGGGACGCAGCUCCUCUGAUGUGCCGUGACGCCCACUGACAUGUGACCCCGGGCCCACGCGUCAGUGGCGCAACGUCAGCGGGCUGUACGUCAGAGGAUCUGGCUCCUGGGUGGCGUGGUUUCGUCUCGCGGUCGGCGGCCAAGUACUAGAGCACCUGAAGAAAAGUUUUGCGAGAAAACCAAAGACUCGAGCGCCAAAAUUUACUCAAAGAUUACGUGCACAACAGACAUGCGCUACUGAAGAAGCAAAGUCGAUUAUGGGCUUACUCCGGACAAUAAAACUGUUAUAUUCACUACAUGCAAGCAGUUAUAUAUGUUAGCUUUUCUUUAUAUACUACACGAAACCAGAGGCAUCAUAAAGAAAAUGUCAGGGGAAUAGCUAAACAAAAGGGAAGGAAGGAAGUAGGCACCAGCUGCAUAUAAUAGUUCACUUUAGUAAACAUGUUUGCAAGAUUGUACAUAUCGGAUCAUAAUGACAACUCCUUAGGGUUCCAUACAUGACUUUGGGCAGGGUCAAAAAGUUGCCAAACGAAAAACUGUGGCAUACACCCUAGAUACCUCCCAACCAAGAUUUGUUUCCAUCUUUAUCUUUGCUUAAUUUGCUCUAUUAGAUUGUGAGAAUAACAUUCACAUAUUUUAGUUUAUGUAAUAACCGAAAAAGGCUUUGCCCCACUUUAUAUAUAAAGCAAACCACCAGAGCCAAUAAGUUCAACACAAAGAUCCACACCACACGACACACACAUGGUAGCACAUGAGCAAAAGUACAAAGGUUAAUGAUGAGAGCACAACAACAAGCCCCAAGAAAUAAAAGCAACAUACAACAGCCACGGCAAAGCCACAACCAUGGCUGCGGGAGGGUCCCAUGGACUAAUCCGGUUCAGGAGGUGGUGGGGGAAGUGGCUGAGCCAAGCGGAGAGCCAAUGCCCAAAGAUCUGUGAUGAGGAUGUCGAUGGCGUCCCGGUCCGUCACACGGCUAAGCGACCGCCAGAGCUGCAAGUAGCCACACAUUCUGUAGAUAGCGUCAGAAGGUUGUCGAAGCGGAGUACGAUGAAUCACAAGCCUAUUACAAAUUGUCCACAACGUCCACGCAAGGAUCCCAAUAUCUAGCCACCGCUUAAUGUGGUGGAGCCUCAGCGAGGCGUGAAGUUCCUCGAAGAGGUCGGGGAAGUUGGUGUUACACCAAGAGUCCCCCGCCGCUUCUCGGAAACAGUUCCAUAGGAACUGUGCCGUAACACAGACGAAGAAGAUGUGAUUGGAGUCUUCUAAGGUCUCGCAUAUCAGGCACAACCCGUUGUCGGGGCCAUUGCGCUUAGGCACCUCCACGCCAGAGGGCACAUGGCCGCGGAUCCAUGCCAGAGGGCACACCAUGACCUCAUUCUUGUUGAAGUUGAUUGUGAGCCCCGACAUCUGCCGAAAGCACAUGAGGAGGAGCACACGAGGAACCCCGACAUUUGCUGAAAGCACAAGAGAGUGGGUUUUGGGAAGAUUAUUUCCCUGUCACGAUAUACGGGAUUGGGGCGGAACUGGCCAUGAUGGGAUCACGGUAGCGAUAAAACCGGACGCAAUUUUAAGCAUAGGGAGGGGGAAUUUAUCCCUUGCCGGGGUGAUCCCUGCCGACUCACCGGGAUUGUCAACUGGUCCUGGUAUAUCUCUAUGCAACUGAACAUAGCAUGAUGGGGGGUUCUAUUUGUGAGCAUAGCAUACGUUUCUUUUUUUAAAACACAGUGCAGACGUAGACGCUCAUAUAUAUACACACACACGUAUAUACUCAUCUCUAUGAACACACAUACUAUCCCCAUGAGCACAUUCGAGAGACUGAGUCGGCAUAUCAUUUUAACACGCACAUCUCAUCCUUAUAAGCACAUUCGAGUGACUGAGCCGGCAUAUCAUUUUAAUAAAAUACACACACCCUAUCCCUAUGAGCACAUUCGAGAGACUAAGCUGGCAUAUCAUUUUAAGAUUGAUGAAGUCACCACAGACAUCUUGUAGUCGACAGAACGACUCCUCUAGCAAACAUUUCUUUUUUGUCUCAUCGCGACGACUUCGUCUUAACUUAACAUGUUCUUUCUCUAAUUUUUUUUAGUGUUUCUUCCUACUAGUUCAUCUAAACUUUUCUGCCGAAGCCAUUCCGGGCCCUAUCACUCGCUAAUGGGGCGACCCAUCCACAUUCCGGCCCGAUGCCGCCGGCACCUCGCGGCCCGCUAGGAUUAUGACGGUUCACGGAUUCUACUAGGAGCCAGGACUACAUAUUGUUCCCCCGGUGGAGCCGGCGAACCCGUCGGCUGUUGGAUUGAUUCGGGCGCCCUGCUCCGCCCCUGCUCCGCCAUCGUCCUCCGCAGCCGGCCACGCGAGCCACCGGAGUUCUUCCCCACCCUGAAUCGAAGAUCACCAGGGCCCGAUGGCGCACCGCGAGAACAGGAGUGUGGCAGCACAUGUUCACCAGGUAUGCUUCACGCGUCCCAACCCCAAUCAUGGGGAGACACUGUCACUUCAAGAGGAAGAUGUGGAGAACAUUGUGUUUUUACGUGAUUCCAAGCUUGUUGAGGACAAGGAGCUGGGAUCCUUUACGCCACCUGCAUGGAAUGAGCACCAGCCAAGGGCAGUGCAACGCCACAACAAGGGACUAUGCACUAAUUAUAACACUUGGAUCCUCCACCGUCGAAGGUUCCUUGGUCUUUGUAGUUCCAUAUGUUUUAUAUGUAAACGUAUUGCGUGUGAUGUUCUGGAGAAGUACUAUACGCUGAUCAUCAAGGGCCGCUCGUUAUCUCCUGAUGGUCAGGCGGUUCUGCUAAAGAUCGAGGACAUCAGAAAGGAAGUUGACCUUCUGCUUGAAAAGAUCAGGGUGCUUGAGGGCCGACCCUUUAUGAUUCCUGAUGUCCUUGAAACGGACAUGAAACUCAAGGGUGUCGGGUCCAGCAAGAAGAAGUAAAGGUCGAUUGACAGGGGAGGUGCUUUGUGCAAAUGGCCGGACUACGCAACGAGAGAUGGAUCGAGGCACUGUUGGCCAUGCGAUUGCUGGAUUGUUUUGAUUUUCCUCUUUUCUGGCUGGGAUGAGAAACUAAGAUGUACUCUCGCGUCGCACAGGAAGCGUGUCUCGCAUACAUGGGUGUGAAAUGUUGCUAUGCAAAAACCAGGAUAUAUACACGCACACGCACAGAAGUGAUAUGCAACUUGCAUUAGUCCCUAGUUUUAUCUUUUGUCAAUAGGUGGUUUCAGUUUUCCUGGGAAUAUUGACAGGGUACAAUUGAAUGAUCAGAAUGCUUUUUUUGUUGUCUUUGA